UAGUCAUUAUAAUGAUAAAUUGAGCAUUAACUGUGCUAAUGAUUUAAAAAUUGUGAGUGUAAAAAAUAAUAUAACGAAUGGUCAAGAUGAUAACGAAUUGAGCUUAUAUUUAUCUAGUAGUUCCAGAAAAGGUAGCUUUAUUAGCGAAGAAAAACUUAAGAUUGUGCCAUUAAAAAAUAAAGAUUAUUGCAUUUUGACUUAUUUUGAAGAUUUUACUUGUUUGUAUGCUGGCAAAGCUGUAAAAGAUGAUGGCAAUGAUGGCAGUUAUAAUUUAUUUGAUUUCGAUAUUUUAAAAGAAACCAUUUUUAGUACAGAUAAAAUACCUAAGAAUUAUCCUGUUGUGGGAGACAUAGUGAAAGUAUUUUCAUAUGAAAAUGAAGGUUUAUAUCGAGCAAAAAUAUUAAAAAAUAAUAAUGGCAGUUAUGAUGUAUUCUAUAUUGAUUAUGGAAAUAUUGAAACAGUUCCAUCAAAUGUUAUUUAUGAAUUAGCUGAUGAAUUGAAGAAGCCUGGAAUUGCUGUUAAAAUAGGACUCGGUGAUUUAAAAAAAUUUCAAAUUACUGAACAAAUAAAACAAGCGUUUCAAACUUUUUGUAAUGCUGGAAAGCCAUUUGUGAUUGAGUUUGAUGAAAACAGUAAAAAUUGUCUAGAAAAUGUUAAGUUGAAGGAUAUAGAAAAUGGAUUAUAUAUUAAUUCUCAAUAUUUUAUGAAAUGCUCGUUAGUAGAAUCUGAACUUACACCUGUACAAAUUGAUAAAAAUAYUUCAAUAAUUCAUAACAAUACUAAUCAACUUAGUGAUUUAAAAAAUAAUGAUAUAGUUUUUUUAAAACAUUUUGAAGAUAUGAGUAAUGUUUAUAUUGUGAAGAAUGUACAUUUAUUAAAUGAUAUGAUGUUAAAAUUUGUUCAAGAUAUGACGGCUCUUUGUAAAAAAGAGUUAAAUGUAGGAGAUAUUGUUAAAAUUGUACUUGAAAAAUGUCAAUACCGUGCUAAAAUUCUAAAUGUCGAUACUAAUUUGAUUUAUGUUCAAAAUAUUGAUUUUGGAUAUUGUGAAUUUGUGGAGGCAAAUUCUAUUUGUGAACUGUCAGAUGAUUUAUCAAAGAUUCCUGGACUAGCCAUUGAGAUUGGAGUUARAGGACCUUUUGUAAAGAAGACACGUGACUUGGAGGUUUUUAUUAAAAAUAAUGAAAAAAUUCCAUUAUAUUUGGAAUUUGAUGAAGGAAAUCCCAAUAGAUAUCAAGAAAUUACUUUAAGGAGAAAAGACAAUUCAGAAAAUAUUUUUGAAGAGUUUUUAAAAUUGAAAAAAAAUCAAUUAAUUUGCAAUGAAAUUUCAAACAACCGUCUUAACAAUGCCACAAUAAUCAAAUCAAACAAAAGUUUAAUCAAUGACUUUCAAACCAUUAAGCUAAAAAGUGGAGAUUAUUGUAUAGUCUCUUAUUUUAAAGAUUUUAAAAAUAUAUAUUUAUGUAAAGCUAUAAAACAUUGUGAAAAUAAUAGUUAUGAAAUGCAUAAUUUGCAUAUCAUUUUGAAGACUAUGGAAAGUGAAGAUCGUGUAACAAAGAUAAAUCUACUUAUAGGAGAUAUUGUCAAAGUAUAUUCAAAUUCAUACAAUGGUUUUUUUAGAGCUAAAAUAAUAAAUAUUGACAAUACAGAAUUCUAUGUUUCUUAUAUUGAUUUUGGAAAUACUGAGAAAGUUAAUUUAGAUCAGAUAUUUGAACUUUCAGAUGAAUUGCUAAAAGAGAAAAUGUUACMAACUCCAGUAUCUAUUGACGUUCCGCCUAAUGCCGUUGUAACAGAUAAAAUUCAAGAGUUCUUUACAAACUUAAUAGAAAAUAAUGUAGUUCUGUGUAUUGAAAACAAUAAACAAAUUAUUGAUAGUUCAGAAAAUAUAAGUCUAAGAGAAUUGAAUUCUGGUAGUUCAGUGAACACUGAAGUGUUGAAAUUACUACCUAGUGAAAUUAAAUCUAUCAAAAAUUGUGAAAAUUCUACUGUAACACAUUUUGAAAAUAUUAAAUGUACUUAUGUCGCCGAUGAUCAUGAUUUAGAAAAUGUUAAAGUAUUAAAGGAAACAAUAGACAGUAGUACGGCGGAGAUUGGUCAAUUAAAAAUUGAAGAAUGCAACGAAUUACCAGUUGUCAUUGACAAUAAAAUAAAGUUUAAGCCACUUAAGAAUAAAGAAGUAGUUCAGUUAAGGUAUUUUCUUGAUUCAACUUCUAUAUAUGUUUCUCGAGGUUCUGAGGAAGAUCAAUUUAAUUAUGUAACUGAAAAAACAAUACAAGAUAUGACAAAAAUUAAAAAGUUAGAAAUUGGAGUAGGAGAUAUUGUUAAAGCAAUGUUUGAAGGUUAUAUGUAUAGAGCGAAGAUACUUAAAAAAGUUGAUAUAAACCAUUUCUAUAUUUCUUUUAUUGAUUUUGGAAAUAAUGAAACGGUUAAUGCUGAUGAAAUUUUUGAAUUACCAGAAGAAUUAAAAAAGAUUCCUGGUUUGUGUAUAGAAAUUGGUAUUAAAAGAUCACCAAUAAUUGAUAAGUCUGACGACUUAGUGGCAAAAUAUGUAGAAGGGUUAGAAAAUCAACUUUUGUUUAUUGAAUAUGAUGAAGAAAACCCGAACGGACUAAAAGAAGCUAGUUUAAAAGGAAAGAAUAACUGUGAUGUUUUUGAUGAAUUAUACAAAAUGUUGGACAAACCAAUUGAUACUAAAGAAGAAUCUAUUCAAAAAACACAAAAUAUUACUGAAGAUGAGGCAGUGUUGAUAAGCUCACUUGAACCAGAAGUCAUACCAAAUAUUGAAUUGAGAACUGGUGAUAUUGUUUUUUGUACUCAUUUUGAAGAUUUUAACCAUUUAUACCUUUGUAAAUGUUCUAAAAAUAAUACUAAACCAGAAAAUUUUAGUUUGAUCAUAAAUUCUAAAAUGGCAAAUGAUAUUAUUGUAAAAGAGAAUCCUAAAUAUAAGGAUAUAGUAAGAGUGAAAUUUGAAGAGAAUAUUUACCGUGCUAAAGUACUUGAUAAAUGUGGAAAUAAGUAUUCUGUAUUCUUAAUGGAUCUUGGAAAAAAUAUAGACGUGCUUGAUAGUAACAUCUUUGAACUUCCAAAUAGUUUAAAAAAUAUUCCUGGUCUAGCUCUAAAGGUUGGCCUUAAAGGUACAACAGGUUUAACUUUAGCUACAAGUGUUAAAGAGUAUUUUUAUAAUUUGUGGCAAAAUGAUCCAGUUCCGUUAAUUUUAAGGUAUGAUGAGGGUAAUUUCAAUUAUUUAAAUGAAGUAAGUUUAAUAAAACAAAGUAGUGGACAAGAUAUUGUUGAUGAUUUAGUCAAGAUGUAUAAUACAUCUGACAACAAUGCAAAUUUACCUAAAUUGGCUACAUCCAAUUCUCAAAUAAUAAAAACUAAUGGUUCAAAUAUUAAUAGUUGGCAAAGUGGAGAUCAUGUUGAAUUUUUAUUUGGAAAUAAUGUUGACAAUAUUUUUGUAAGAAAAAUUAAAUUAUAUGACGAAUUUAAGAAUGUUUUAGACCAACUAAAAAGAGAAAAUAGUGAAAAUUACAAACCAAUAGCCGCAAAGACUAAUGAUAUUGUUGCAGUAUAUUCUACAAAACAUGGAGGUAUUUAUAGAGCUAGAGUCAACAUCCCAGGUUUUGAUAAUACAAAUAUGAUCAAAUGUUCUUUAAUUGAUAUUGGUCAAAUUGAUUUGAUCCCAUCUAAACAUUUAUUUGCAUUGCCUAACUAUGUAUCAUUAAAUAAAAUACCAACUAUGGCUCGUAGAGUUUCACUUAACGGUUUAAACAAGAUCUUAAAUUCUAAGAUAAUACAAUAUCUAUCUCAAUUGAAAGGAAAAAUAUAUGUUAUGGAAUAUGAUAAAAAAGCUGAACAAUGGCAUAGACAAGUUGUAUUAAAAGAAUUGCAAAGCAGUGUGUCUCUUAAUAAUGAAAUACAAAAGUUAUUUUCUAAUGAUUCUUCUUCUAGGGAGACUGUAUCUCAGCAGCGGAGAUUAGAAAGAAAAAUUAUCAUUCCCGAGACAAAAGAAAGUACAAUGGAGAAACCAUCUCAUCCUAUUAAGAGUGGUUCAUCCGUUUUCAUAACUAAUUUUGAGAACUUCAAUUCAAUUUUUAUCCGCGAUGCAUCAUAUGAAUUUAUUGAAAACUUUAAUGCAUUCAACAAACAGAUGUUGAAAUAUUAUAGAAAUGGUAUGUUAAGUCAUUAA